AUGAAGAAUAGGUUCAAAGUUCAUGCUAUUUGUCGUGAUUAUAUCUAUAUUUUAAUGCUUGGCUCUCAAAAUUCUUUUCAGUCCCAAAUACUUGAGGCCCUUGGAGCUACUGUAGAGAGAGUGAGACCAGUUUCGAUUACACACAGAGACCACUAUGUGAAUGUUGCAAGGAGGAGGGCCUUGGAGGCUACUAAGUCCGCAGCAAUGCAAAGAGAAGCUUGUAAAAUGGAAGGCAACAGCUUAAUUCACAUAAAUGGUCAUACACCACAGCAAGAAAAAUGUCAGCCCAUCUCCUCUACUGAUUGUAAAGGAGGUUUCUUUGCUGAUCAGUUUGAAAACUUGGCAAACUUUCAGGCCCAUUAUGAGUGGACUGGUCCUGAAAUAUGGGAACAAACUCGAGGGAGACUGCAUGCCUUUGUUGCUGCUGCAGGUACAGGUGGAACUGUUGCUGGAAUAUCACGGUUUCUCAAGGAAAAGAAUCCAAAUAUUAAAUGCUUCCUUAUUGAUCCACCUGGAUCUGGUCUGUUCAACAAGGUCACAAGAGGAGUAAUGUACUCAAAGGAGGAGGCAGAGGGCCGAAGACUGAAGAACCCUUUUGAUACCAUCACAGAAGGAAUUGGAAUCAACAGACUGACCAAGAAUUUUCUGAUGGCAGAGUUAGAUGGAGCUUACCGUGGCACAGAUAAGGAGGCCGUUGAAAUGUCCAGGUUUCUUCUGAAGAAUGAUGGUCUUUUCAUCGGGAGUUCUUCAGCCAUGAACUGUGUUGGAGCUGUACGAUUGGCACAAUCUUUAGGUCCAGGUCACACAAUUGUAACGAUUCUGUGUGACAGUGGGAUGAGGCAUCUCAGUAAGUUCCACAACGCUCAGUAUCUGGCUGAUCAUGGACUGACCCCCUCUGCGACUGGUCUGGAGUUCCUCGAUCGUCCUUGAAUUUGGGUGGGCCAUGUUGUAUGAUUGUCUUUCCUCUCCUAGUCUGAGUUUUGCAAUUUGAGCAGCCAACGCAGUAAAUGAACAUUCAGUAGAUUAUCAACGCUACAUAUAAUGUAUGCCAUCAUGAAGGUAUGCAGUUUUUCUGUAGUUCGUGCGCACUGGGAUAGAGGCCAUCGUGCAGUUUUUGGCAUCUAGAGAUUGAAUCCAACAAGUGGUGCUGCAAGAGAUGGAAGAGAGCAUUUUCUAGAUCUUAAUUAUACCAGUAGAAAGCAGCUUCAUUAUCAUGUGGUAUGAAUGGUUCCACAGGUUGGCUUUUGGUUACAUCACUCGAGAAGGUGAUACGGCCAGUCUCAGGGUUGCUAGUUAUUAUACUUUAUAUGUUGAAAUUCUCAUUUUUAUGCUGCCAUUCAGCUGGUCAUCUACAGGAUCUUGUGCUUAUGUAUAGCCCUCAAUUUUGUAAAAUGAUACUGUGAAGGAUUGUGGACUGUUACUAUGAUGAUUAAAUUAUCAAAGAUUCAUUGUUCAGGUCCAUUUUUUGUGUUUGUGGGUGUUCACCUGGCUCCCUUUAGUAACUUUAAAAAGCAGUUUUUGGUACUCAUCUGACAGUAUAACCAUACUGCCCAUCCCUCUUGCACUCUCUGCACAAAUGAGCUAGGAUCUGCAAAUAAAGCCACUGGAUGUCAGAAAGGAAAGAAACAAAUUCAGCUGAAAUAUUUAGUUCCAGUGAAAUAUGACCAUAACCUUGGUGUAAUAAGGGGCUGCUACAUUCAACAAAUUCAUUAAACAUGGCAAUUUGACAAUGGAAGUAUAUGGUUAUAUAUCAUACAGCUCUAUCAUUAAGGUAAAACAUCACCCACAUUUGGCAUUAAGUUGCACUAAAAACUCAAUGUCAGAUCAUACUGCUAGUAUUCCAACCUCCAGGUGUGCAAUGCCCCCUAGCUAAAGAUGUCUAUGGAUUAGAUUUCACGCCCUGAUGCGUCGGUGAACUUCGACGAAGCAUGGAGAUUGGUGGCAUUUGUUUAUGAUAGAGACAUUAACCUAAGAUAAGCUACACAUAUCAUGGCAUUGCCUCUUGUAGGGAUCGACUCAUGGACCAAGUAGAACUGAAGAAGCAAGCUUGUGGACAGGUGGAAGCUCAAUGAGAAUGUUGAAAGGCGGUUCCUCUGCCUGAAGCAAAAUGCUUUGCCUCCAAAUACCUCAACCUGCUGGAACAUCUCCUUAACCCAAGUCAUUAUAGAAUCCUGAUGUUGAAUGGGGAUGAUAUGAUGAAGAUUCAGAAGAUGCAGAAUGUAAUUCUAAGAGAGCAUACCGAAUUCUGCAACCAUUUGUGGCUGCUUUGCCUUCAUGAUCAGAUACCUUUUGACCAAGAAAGUUGAAUCCCAUGGCUAUGAAGCACUAAUAACUGCAGGAAGAAAGAGGUGACAAAUUCCAUGUACAAGCUAUGUUUUCUAAUUUUGCUACUGGGAUUCAUUAUAGUAAUUCUAUGUACUUUUCUUAGAGUAAUGAUGUUGCAGCCUUGUUGAUCCAGCAUCAAGUUGGAGUAAGUAAACACAAUAUUUACGAAUAAAAUUACAUUAAUAACAUAGUAUCAUUCUACUUAUUCAUGAAAA